GUUGAAGCAGGCACUGGAGGGGCUCAGACGGGCCCUGGGCUGCUGCCAGCUCCCACCUGGCACUGGCUUGUCUGUGUCACUGUCAGGAUCUGUCUAGCGCCCGUCCCCUCAAGGGGUGUGUUGGGGGGAGUCCUCUUUCCGACCAUCAAAAUGGUUAUCAAAGUAUUUGUUGCCACAUCUUCUGGGUCCAUAGCGAUUAGGAAGAAACAACAAGAAGUAGUGGGCUUUUUGGAAGCUAAUAAAAUCGACUUUAAGGAAUUAGAUAUAGCUGGAGAUGAAGACAAUAGGAAGUGGAUGAGAGAGAAUGUUCCUGGAGAGAAAAAACCUCAAAAUGGGAUUCCUUUGCCUCCCCAGAUCUUCAAUGAAGAGCAGUAUUGUGGGGAUUUUGACUCCUUCUUCUCUGCAAAAGAAGAGAAUAUUAUUUAUUCAUUUCUUGGUUUGGCGCCCCCUCCAGGCUCAAAGGUGACAAAAUCACCUGAGGAAGCAUCUUCCCUUCCCAAUGGCGAUGUAGUGGGAGAGGCACAGGGCACCCCAGAGGAAACAGAGAAGGCUGAAGAAGGUGGAGAAACUGAGGCACAAAAAGAGGACAAUGAAGAUGCGGGCGACCUUCCCGAGUCUCAAGAGAAGAAUAAGACAGAAGAAGUAACCGAGGAGGGAGCCGAAGGAGACGCAGAGGAAGAGGCUGAAGGAGAGGAGGAACAGCCGGAGGAGGAAGAUGAGGAGGGCUCAUAGGCCCUUCAUGCUCGGUUUCUGCACCUCCUCCAGAAAACCCAAGCCGUGAAGCAACAUUUCAACCGUCUCCCCACAUACUAGACUCAACAAAAUGCUUUUGGCCUGAAGUUAGCAACACCUCCUUAGUACAUCUGGGGUUCACCGAGGAAUUGUGCUAUCUGACAUGGUUAGAUGUACAUGGAUAUGUCUACUUAAUCAUAGCAACAUAAAAUUAAAUGGGAAAACAAUACACCAUACACCUUCGUGAGACUGACAUGUUUGGUCUUUGCUUAAUUUUUUUUCCACUGUGCAUGAAUAGACCUUCUUACUAAUAUCCUGAAAAAAAAAAUCAAAAUAUAGAUAUUCUCUUUGUGGUAUAACAAAUGCAUUUCUUUUUAUGCUCCUUGAGUAAGCUACGUCUCAGAAGCUUUGAAAAUGAAGAGCUUUCUAGAAAAAGAUGAAUAGCAAAUAUCUUGUCCCAGGGAGCAUCACUUUACUUACCAUUGGUUUCUACUUGUACAUGCCUGAACUCAAUCUGUUAGGUAGAAAGACAGCCUGGGCAGCCGGGGAAGGGGAAGAUAAGGGUCAAGAAAAAAACUGCCCAAACUCUGCCCAGCUAGGGGUUCCCUCAUGAAGACAACAGAGGCUUUUCAGGGAGAGAACUUCUUUGCCUACUGAGGCCAGGCCACACUGGACCCAGCCUGAUCCCAUUGUGGGUGGGUGCUCACACCACACCUUGUGAUGGGAAAGGAUGUGCCGACCUAGAGGGAGGCUAUGCAGAUGGGCCCAUCAGUCAAAUGACCCCACCUUGUCAAUCAAAGAGGUGCCUCCCAGGAAGAAUGCAAUAUGUAGGCCUCCAGCCUAAGGGAUCAGGGGCCUUUGUCUACCUUGCGUCUGGCCCACUCCUCCCUUGGAGUACAUUUAAAUAAAACUUUCACUCUGCUUUGCCAUCGUGUCUCUGCAUUUCAAUUCUUUGUUUCUGCGGGGACAAGAACCGAAGGAGAACGAACUCCACCUGCAACAAAUCUGUCUGUUGCCAAGUCUGAAUCCUCAGCAGAGCUUUUCUGUCUGUAUUGAGAUGGAUGUCUCUUGUUGGACUGACUGUUAGGUCCAUGUUUUCAAAUGACACUGAUUGUCCUUGUUACAUCAUAUUUUGUGCAUAUUAUCUUUGACACCAUAUUUAAAUAUAACCCUAUCAUCCACACGUGUAGAGAUGAUGGUAAGGGCAAAUAAAUUU